AACGGCAGCAGGCAGGCAGCGUGCACGCGCGGCCCAAGCGCGGGGCGGAGGGACGGGGAGCCCGGGGUUUUUUCUGUGGUCGACGAUCACACACCGUACCUCAAAAAGGGAGACGGGGAACCCGAGACCGCCCAGUUCCGCCCAGGCUCGGCGGCCGUUCCGGGAGGCCGAGCCAUCGGGCUCUCGACAGUCCAGGUCGCGCACGCGCGGCAGUGCCCCACGGGACGCGCACCAUCUCGGCCUCCCCGGGCGGAGCCCGCGGGGCUGCCCGUGGGGGAGUGCUCACCAUCUUGUGGCCCUCUCCGCGGCCGCGAGCGCGUGUGGCAGGACCUUAAUCCAAAAGCCUGAGAAACAAGCGCAACACAAUCGCUGUCACUCGCGAUGCCUGUCUA